AUGCUAAAAUCUUGUGGCCAAUUUUCGAAAGAUAGUCCAUACCCACAUGGACCUGCUGAGGGUUGUGAAGAGAUGUCUUCCUCUGUGCGAAGACGAGCUGUUGCUGCUAGUAGAAAGCCUGCUGAAGAUGAAGUGAGAGAGAAAGAGGCUCCAGUGGAGCAGCAUCUUGAGAUGGAUGCUGGGACCUACUGGCUUACCAGGAUCGUGUUUACUCGAUCCAUUGGCUUUGUCUAUUUGGUAGCAUUCCUGGUGCCACUGAACCAGAACAAGGAACUUAUCGGUGCCAACGGUCUACUCCCCAUUCCAGUGUUCUAUUCCAGAAUCAAAACGGCUCUGGAAGUGCCCGCUAACUCGACUGUUACCAUGGAUGCAUUCUUGAAAGGGCCCAGUUUGUUUUGGUGGAUCUCUGAACACUAUGUUGACCUCACUCUAGACUUGGUGGCUUACCUCGGAAUAUCACUCUCGGCCAUCUUAUUGUUUCUGGGAUCAGGAAAUGUGCUCAUCUUUGUUGUGUUGAGAGUUUUGUACCACUCUCUUGUAUUCGUGGGGCAGAUCUGAUAUGCCUUUGUCCCUUCACACAUGUUGAGAGGCCCAGCUUCUUGAGAUUGGAUUCCUAGCGCUGAUCAUGGUGCCUCUAUUUAGCCUGAGGCAGUUUCCCCGAGGCACACCCACUCCCUGGGUAGCAGUGUGGGCCAACAGAUGGCUUCUCUUCAGAAUCAUGAUAGGAGCUGGACUGAUCCUGCAAGAUCAGAGGUGACGAGUGCUGGGGGAUUUGACAUGCAUGGACUAUCAUUACGAGGUCAGCAAUGACUCAGCCAGUUCCCAACCCUCUCAGUUACUUUCUCCAUCAGAGUCCAGCCUUUGUGCACAAGCUCAAGACUCUGGGCAACCAUUUUGUGGAGUUAGUGGUUUCGCACAUGUGUAUGUAGUGGUGGUAAUGCGUGUGUGUGUAUAAAAGGCAGUACAAUGUAGAUGUAUUGCAAAUAGCCUGUGUGAUGCACAGGGUUAAUUGUGUUUCCAUGCACCUACAUGUGUAUAGGGUCUGUUCAGUAAGAGGCGACGUUCAUUUUGACUGACAAGCCAAAGCUCUACUAUGUGUCAAUAUGGACCUCAAGGGAGAGGUGCCUCUGUCAGAUUCUAUAUGACCAUAGAGGUCAAGAACUGGAGUUUAUAGGCGAAAAUGAAGUGCAUUUUGUCUGCAUGACUGACUGUACCGAGCAGGACCUACUACCUGGAGGACCCGACUGGUCAAUCACAGAAAUGGCAGACACUCUCAAUGAAUGGAUGGCAAAAAGGAAAGCCAGAAAUACAGACAAACAAUCAUAGCACGUAUUCAAUUUUCCCCUCUUGUAAUUUUUCCUUCUUAUUAUAAUUUCAUUUUGUAGCACCAAGGGCAUAUACAGAGAAUCUUCUGUGUAUACGCCCUUGGUAGCACCUAGACAAUGUAUGCAUAUAAAAUACAGUUUUUCUC